AUGUUAUUCACCAAAGCAAUAGUUAGCCUACUGGCUACAGCGUAUAUCACUGCCGCUGUUGCUAUCCCAGCCCGGGGUGCUUUGGAUCUUGCUGGACGCUCAAUUGAUGUAGUUCAAACCAGUUUCAGCAAGCGUUACGAAGGAGAUGAUGAAGGAGAUGGAGAUCGUAAGGGUGAAAAGAUGAAGCGUUAUGAAGGCGAUGACGAAGGAGAUGGCGGUCGUAAAGGAGAAAAAGCGAAGCGGUACGAGGGCGACGACGAAGGAGAAGGCGACCGUAAGGGCGAGAAAGUGAAGCGGUAUGAGGGCGAUGAUGAGGGAGACGGCGGUCGCAAAGGUGAAAGGUAA